AUGGAUUUUAUUCAAAGCCACUAUGAUUAUUCCCUGUUCACCAAAAGAAUAGGAGCUGAUCUUGUAGUCAUCCUAGUUUAUGUGGAUGAUUUGUUGGUAACUGGCAGCAAGUUACUUCUCAUUCAGCAAGUCAGAAAAGAUUUGCAGGAGAAGUUGAAAAUGAAGGAUCUGGGGGAGUUAAAAUAUUUCCUUGUCAUUGAGUUCUCAAGGUAUCAGAAAGUAAAAGACAAUGACUCUGAAGAUGUGCAACUUGAAGAGAAUAGAAAUUAUCAAAGACUAGUUGGAAGGCUCUUGUACCUAACAAUGACGAGACCAUAUAUAGCCUUUGUUGUUCAGGUACUCAGCCAGUAUAUGCAUGCACCUAAGAGAAGAGUAGUAAGAUACAUCAAGUCUACACCUGGACUUGAUUUGUUCAUGCCAACAGGAAGCUGCAAUAAACUAAUAGCCUAUUGUGAUUCAGAUUGGGGAGCUUGUGUUGAGUCUAGGAGGUUAGUCACAGGGUAUGUGGUUAAAUUUGGAGAUGCACUGAUUUCCUGGAAGUCAAAGAAACAAGGGAUAGUAUCAAGAAGCUCAGCUGAGGCAGAGUUCAGACGCAUGGCAACCACAGUAACUGAAAUUGUGUGGUUGGUUGGACUUUUCAAGGAGUUAGGAAUGGACAUUGCUUUGCCUGUGACAGCAAGGCAGCAAUCCAAAUUGUUGCACAUCUAA